AUGCCCCCGCUGCAGGAAUGCUUCGGUAUCGUGGCUGAGCGGACACUGGAUAGGUGCGUGUGGAAUUUUGGGCCACGGUUCACGGGUAGGCUCCAGCUCAAGGUCCAUCCUGUCCCCAAGGGCCAGGCGCUUCAGUACAAUCUGCCUCAAAGGUAUACGUCCUCGUCGUCCUAUCACGUCAGGAGCAUCGAUGUGAGUAUCAUCACUCCGCAGUCCUCGCUCAAGAGGCUUCGAGCAGAGCUGAGUCGGCGCCUAGAGUCGCAAUUCCCCGACGCAGACGUUUGCUUCAAGCUCACAGAGGACUCGGGUGACCACACCCGAUUGCCGAUUAUUCAGGUCGCGCAUUCGGAAGCCGGAAUCCGAUGGGGCAGAGGCUUUCAUCGCUCCAUGCCCCGCAAGACCAAGCGUCAAGACACAUUCAUUGCAGAAAUCUCAAAGGCCCUCUGCGGGGAGCUCGUCGAGGAAGUAAGCCUAGGCGGCGCGGUGGAUGAGAAGCUCCAGGAUCAGCUGGUCCCGGUCCAGGCCUUGACGAAUGAUCUGUCCUCUUUUUCCAGGGAUGACAGCCCGAUACAAAGCGCCGGUGGUAACUCUCUGGUCGAGCCCAUCGAGUCUUUCAGUAUCAACGACAAAAAUAUGAGGAGAGAUAAGGCACAAGAGCAGUUUGGAUACGGCUCCGAACACACAAGACUUGUGGGAUGGAUGGCCAGCGAGCCACUCCCGCGGGUCGAGUUCUACAGCCGAGGCGAUUCCGUGAGAGGCGUCGGCUCGUCAAUCUCGUGA